CCCAAGCCAUCCAAUUGGCGCUAAGAAAGUGACUUGAAGAAAGGUAAGAGGGAGGAGGCAAGAGGGGACGACGGCGAUGGACCAGUUUUUCCGGAUGAGGAGAGAGCGUCCAUAGUUUGAGUUUGAAGCAAUUGCUGGCGACAGGUUAGCACUUAAGAUGGCGGGGACAGCCCGGCAUGACCGAGAAAUGGCAAUCCAGGCCAAGAAAAAACUCGCCACGGUCACCGACCCCAUUGAAAGGCUGCGUCUGCAGUGCCUGGCCAGGGGCUCCGCUGGCAUCAAAGGACUGGGCAGAGUGUUUCGAAUCAUGGAUGAUAAUAACAACCGAACCCUUGAUUUCAAAGAAUUUUUGAAAGGGUUAAAUGAUUAUGCUGUGGUCAUGGAAAAGGAGGAGGCAGAAGAGCUUUUCAGGAGAUUUGAUAAAGAUGGAAAUGGAACAAUAGACUUCAAUGAAUUUCUACUCACGUUAAGACCUCCAAUGUCCAGAGCCCGAAAAGAGGUAAUUAUGCAAGCUUUUAGAAAGCUAGACAAGACCGGAGAUGGUGUUAUCACGAUUGAAGACCUUCGCGAGGUGUACAAUGCAAAGCACCAUCCAAAGUACCAAAACGGAGAAUGGUCAGAGGAACAGGUCUUCAGGAAGUUUCUGGAUAACUUUGAUUCACCCUAUGACAAAGAUGGAUUGGUGACUCCUGAGGAGUUUCUGAACUACUAUGCAGGAGUGAGCGCGUCCAUUGACACUGAUGUGUACUUCAUCGUCAUGAUGAGAACCGCCUGGAAGCUCUAAAUGUUUCCAAAGAAGAGUUCUUGAACUAUUAUGCUGGUGUUAGUGCUUCUAUUGACACCGACGCCUAUUUCAUUUUAAUGAUGACAAAAUCCUGGAGAUUAUGACUUUGGUCUAUUAAUUCUUUUGGGAAUCAGGAGUGAGUUUGAAAGAAGUUUAAUGCUGUUGGUUAUUACAAGGUAUAAAUGAGUUUCUGGAAGAUGUGGAUUUUUAAAAGCUAUAGGGCUUCAGUCUUCCUACUUAAUUACCUGGAAUAUGUUCAUUUCUGCCAGUAGCUUAGAAUAUAUUUUGAAAUCAGAAGGAAAGAUAAAAAGAAGGAAAGAAAGAAAGGAAGAAGAAAGAAAAGGAGAACGAGGGAAAGAAAACUAUGAGUGAAAUUGGGAAGUUGUUCCUAGAUGAAAUAAUAUACUCCUUGUUAUGUACGUUCCCCUCGUAGAUGUAAAUGUGGGUGCUUCUCCACACCUUCAUUUUAUUUACUGUCUUGGAAAGCCUCACUUGGGACUUGAUAAUAAACGGAUUGGAGGUGUGAAAUUUUCUGAGCUUGUUUAUUUUAAUAUUUCCCUUGACUAACAUUCUGCAAAUA